AUGCGUCGUCAUACACAAAAUAACGAUUUUAGACACUAUUCUUUUUUACCUCCGUCGAGUAAAACAUCUGCGAGAAAUACUCAUUAUCAAUACUAUGAUCGUCGUUUACGUACUAAACAAAAUAUUUAUUCGAAUAUGACACAGAUUCCUACGUAUUCGUCGCCACGUUCUCCGUAUCAUUCUCAAUCAUCGACAACAGUUGCUGAUCUAGGUGAACCAAUAUCAGCAUUUCAUGAUAUAGCACCUCCUGUAUAUCGUCAGUCUGCUGUAACGUCUCUUCCAUUAGUACGUCAACCAUCGAAUAUAAGUCGACAAGCAUCCAUUAAUAAUGAACGUAUGGCUAGAGCCAGUGUUAUGCGUGAACGUAUACUGCAAGGUAUUCAACACAAUAUGAGCGAAAUUGAUCAAGAACUAUCUUCAUUAAAAAAACGACCUUCAAUUUCGCAUCAUAUUCCACCUCGUCUUACGCCUCUUGUGAAUACACAGCCAACAUCUGCUCAUAAAAGUACUCCUUCACCAAAUGUCGAGAGUAAAAAUUGGCCGAACAAACAAAAAAAAGUUUAUCAAGUUGUUCCACGUAUAUCAAGUGAAAUGUCGAAAACAUCGCAAGUUUCAACGCCAAAAUUAAUGAUGAAUUUCAUUACAGAUUCAUUCGUCGGUCAAUAUCAUUAUGGACCUGAAGUAGAAGAAAUUGAAAUUGAUGAUAAUGAUCCAGAAAAUGAAGAUCUUAAAUCAACUUAUGAUGAAAUAUCUCAAUUUGAUUUUCAUGAAACAUUUACUCUCGAUCAAUUUCUUCGUGAACAGUCAAAUUUAUCACAAAAUCGUGCAUUAAUAUCAGUUCCAGAAUAUGUUGAUAAUGAGGACACGAGAAUGAAUGAAUCAACAGAAGAACUCGAUGAAAAAAAUCUAAUCGAUACAAAUACUGUUCGACCUUCAACUGUCACAUCCUUACGUGAAUUAACAUCGGUUGGAAAAUUGAAUAUUCAAGAUUUUCAAUCACUUAUACAAACAGCACCCGAAUUAAAAAUUGAAGUUCCAUCCGAGCCACAAACAGUCAAUAUUGAAGAAUCACCGCAUGCAAUAGAUACAAAUUUAGCGAAUACUAUACUUUCUAAACCGAUGAGACAUUCUCGUCUAUCAAUAAGAACUCAAGACACACUUUCUCUCUCUUCGCAAACAACGAAAAAUCCUGAUAAUAAUAAUAAUAAUCAUAUGAAUUAUUUUUUUAGUGAUUUUGGCAAUGAAUUCGAAGGCGAAGAAGAUCUUAUAUCGAUUGAUCCCUAUAAUUUUGCUCCACCAACUGAAUCAGAACUCAUGUCCGAAGAUAAUAGAAGUAAUGUUUUAAUGAGACAAUCUCAAACAUCAUUAUUAAAUCCUCAUGCAUCACAAAAACAACACAUUGAAAAUAAUAAUCUUUAUUUAGAAGAAACAGAAAAGAAAAAAAUCGAUGCAUCGACGAAACAGAGUGUUACUGCGAUUUCAGCAUCACCUUCAAUGAAAAUGCUUCCAAUUUCAAUCGCUGACAACACACAAACUAAGUUUGAGAGAAAUAAUAAUAAUAAUAAUAAUAAUAAUAAUAGUAGCAGCGACAAGCAUCAACAGCAUGCAUUAGCAACAUCAUUAGAUAUGAAUGAAAACGAAUCAUCCGACGAUAAUCCAUUCGAUGAUUUACCUACUAAUCUUCGUUCGUCUCUAUCAAUAUCUGAACAAAAAACUACAAAUAGAAUUUAUUCGAAAAAUGCUACACCUACUGAUGAACGAUCAAGGCCAAUCAGUAAGCAAUCUAAUUCAAGUCGACAACGAUCUGCUUCUCUGCAUCAUUCAUCUCGAAAGCAAUUUAAUGAUCUUCUUUCUCGAGAACAAUCGUAUAUAUCUUUUAUUGAUCAUGAUGAAACAACAACCAUACAAACAGAAAAUGACCUUGAUGAUCAACAACAAACAUCGAUUAAAUCACGUCGUAAUUCAGCUAUUCCUGUUCCGCUUACUUCGCCCGACCCAAAUAAUAUUCCAGUAUCUACGUCAAGGACAGCAUCACCUGAAAGAAGAAAUUCAAUUUCUUCAAUCGAUCAAAAUAUACUUUUCACACCAGAUGAUAUUAUAGAUUUCGAUAAUUCAACAAUAGAUAAUACUCAAGUGAUAUCUUCUCAACAGCCAAAUACAGAACAUGAAGAAUCUGGUUCUCCAAUAGAUUUGAUAUUAUCACAAGCAAAUCAACAUGAAACAAAUAAUGAACUACUGGAACGUGAAUUAGCAAGAAGUCAAAAUCAAGAUGAAUUUAUCGAUCAUAUCCCUUCACCGUCAUCGCCAAUACACGAACAAGACCAACACACUCAUCCACCACCAUCAUCAUCGGUUAAUAAACAAGAUGACGAUAUCCAUCCGCCAUUGCCAUCAGACCAACAUCCAAAUGAACUAGUUCAUCAUAGUCCUUCGCCACCAUCUUCAUCAAUACAUAAGCCAAAUCACUAUAGUCAUUCAACAUCAUCACCAGUAAAUAAACAAAAUCACCAUAUGCAUUCACCAUCAACAUCAAUACAUGAGCAAAAACAUCAUACACAAUCAAUAACAUCAUCAAUGCACAAACAGGACCAUAAUCGAUUAAAAUCAGUUUCACCAUUAACCGUGGAAACAAAGAAAACUGACGACGAUGAUGAUAAUAACAAUUUACAUUUACCAUAUAUUUCUCCGCCACACAGUGAUGUAUCCGAUGCUAAAUUAACAUCCAUUGGACGAGAAGAUACUUUUAGACAACCAAUAUCUCCUGAUUAUACAAACAAUCAAUCGGAAAAAUCAGCAUCAGCGCCAUUAGAGUCAAAAUUAGGUAUUGAAGAUCAAUCGAAACAUGAAGACAAAGAUCUAUCUCCUCCAGUAUUUAUAACAGAACAAUUACCAUUAAUUACUGCAAGUCAACGACGUUCGAAAUUAUCCCUUUUAGUACGUGGACCAAAAUCUCAGCAAAAUAAUUCUACUCAUGAUGAAAAUCCACAAACACAUACAGAAGAUUUAUCUUGGGUAAAUACAAAACGAAAAUCAAAACAACAACAUCAUGUUUCGUAUGCUGAUAGUACUUCUACUUUCCAAAUGAAAGAAGACAAUUCUUUAAAACAUUGGCGUGAACGUAUUAAUGCUAUUUUAACAAAAAAUCAUUCAGUUAAUGAUAAAUAUUCAUAUGUACCAUCACGUGUCAAUUCAUUUGGUAAUUUUGAAUAUCAACCAAACAAAAUAUUAACUUUACCAAGGAAAAACUUACGUAAAAAAAUUUCUUCUGAUUAUCACAUGGAUAGCAAAGACAAUAGAUUGAAGAAAGUCAAAAGUCAACCUGAGAAAGAAAUUGUUCAAUUCAAAGAAACGUCACCAGAAGUAUUGGGACGACUUUGGCCACUAGGCGGUGGAAGACCAAAGAUUUUUUCUGAAAAACUCAAAUGGAAUAGAAAGUCAAAGAUUAGAUCAUAUUCAUUGGAAAAUAUUCAGCAUAAGCCACAGCAAAGUUCUGUUAAAAUUUUUAAUAAAAAACCUAAAUGGCACAGUGAAUCUAGACUAGCUGAACUUAUAAAAGUGAGUCCACGUCGUCCAAUUUUCACGGAAAGGGUUUCAGUAAAACAUGUGCCUGUUAACGAAGGAUUAUAUAUUCAUCAAGAAGAAUCUGAACUCGAAACGAAGAUUUUCGAUAUAAAUUUCAAUGGUCAACCAUUAAUAUCCGAUAUCCAGCAAAAUUCUACCGAUGACUUAUCGUUCGAUUACAAACAAAAUCCUAAACUAAUUUUUCACAGAAAACUUGUAUGGGGCAAAAAAUCUAAAUUAAAAGAUUUAAUAUGGAAAAACAAAGAUUAUCAACCAAAACAAUCUGAAGUUAAAAUUUUCCAUCAAGCAAUUCAUUGGAAUAGUGAAUCAAAACUAAAAAUAACUCAUUCAUUAAAUUGGGGUACCCAACAAAACCUAAAGUACUGGUCGGCAAUGAAUCUACCUCGACUAACAGAAAAGAGAGCACUUUUUGCUCAAUAUUACGAUUCGAAAUGGAAUGAUGUUAUCAAGGACCAUACUGAAACACCGGUGAAAAUUGGUCGUGUGAUAGAAAAACCAAAAUUACAAGAUUAUGUUGAAGAAAAUUUCAAUGACACGUUACAAAACGAAACACGAGCAGAGGUAAUAUAG